AUAAACAAUAAUUAGACCAAAUUUCAAAGCCAAUGCGAAAAACAAAUCACAAUAACAUUGACCUCCUUUAGUCGCCCUUACAACCCUUUUUUCCAGAUAAAAAGUAGCCUCUAUCUUUUCGCCAAGUCUGCCAAAUUUAAUUACAAUCGGUUCAGUUGUUUUGGCGUGAAAGCGAGACAGACAGUUAGAGAUACUUUCGCAUUAAUAAUAUUAGUAUGGAUUACCGAAACACCUUAAAAAUGAAGGUAUAUUUAUUACGUAAAAUAUAAUUAGCAUCUUACUUGACUAUGUAUACAUGAGAUAUGUUACAUAGAUAUUAUGACGUCAACAUGUUACCAUUGGAUAUUAAACCGUCAUGCAUCGUCACUUAGACAGAACUCCAAUCAAGUUGUCAAGUGUGUUAAUAACGUAAACUGUUCACCUUAGUAUACAAUAAUUAACAAUAGCGUUCAAGCGAUUAAUAACAAUCGAUUAGGUACAGAUCAUUUUGAUAAGCCCUUUGAUAACAGUGAAACGAGAGCACUGGAGCAAAACAUCGGGUUAACCCAACAGUUGAUAUUGAUAUCACCCUGAAACAUCCAUCCGCCCACAGCUCAGUUCCCAGCGCGUCCUUCAAACACUUCUUGCAAUAAAUUCUUAUAAUAUCACAUAUAAAAACAUACUUAUUCAAAGAGUAACCUGUUCUUAAUGGCGGCAUUUACAGGCAGGUGACUGGCUCAAAUGAAUUUUAAAAUGCGUAGUCCGAAAUAAAUUGAUUUAUACUCGAGGUGAUUGAAAAAAUGUUAGCAACGUCUAAGGAACCUAAACAAGUUACAGUUUACAGGCGUUAGCACUGUCCGAAUCGUUUUCGAAAGAACGCAUGACAAUAAAAUUCCUUUAAAUAAGUGACGUGACUUUAAUUUACGUAUCCACGGGACGUAUUGUUAGGUAUAAUUGAGGAAUAAUUUUAAAGGUGAGGAAUUGAAUUUAAACAUGAAAUAAUUAUACUAAUACCUACCUUAGCUAUCUUUUUAUAAACCUACCAAUUUAAAUUUGAAGAAAAUCAAAUGAUCAAGCCGAUUCCUGAGGAUUAAUAAACAGCUGUCGAACUGGCGUUUCGCGAGCUAUAGGCUACCUUCAACAUUAGAAUUUUUUGUCUUAUACCAAAUAAACAAUAAAACUACUUGAUAUUUAAAUACGAUAACAAUCCAACAUUACGACUACUUCAAAUUAUCCUUCUUAAUUUGACCUUAGAUAACAAUCUUUGUAGAAGUGGUGAUUUUGUUUUCUGCACAAAUUUCGCUAAAAACAUUGUUAACAAUAUGAGAGUCUAUUGAGAGCUUAUAAUUUCGAAAGACAGACAAAACGUCUCCCAAUGAAGUGGAAAGCGUCGGAACAUUCCUUUUAUUCUAUUGAUAAAAAAUCAGGACUUUAGAUUUACAAAAGCACCAGCUUCGACCUUUGUUUUCUUCUUUUUUUCCUGCAAGGUUUUAAUAAAUUGAAAAAAACAUUUGUUGGAAAAUGCUAAAGAAAGACUUUUUUAAACUUCGCUUUCUCGACGAAAGUAUUCUUUUCAUUGUCUGUUAGCAUUUUAAGAUCAAUUCGACUUAAAAUCGAAUCGAAUAGUUCAUAAAAUAAUAUAAAAACAUUUCUGAAAUAGUUUAUAUAUUCUAACAAAAUCCGAUCGAUAUACAGCAAACAUUUACACAUAUUUAAAUGUGAAAGUGAGCAAAGGCAACCGCUAAACAUCUGAAGUCCAUACUCGACCACUGCCAAUUAAGCGUUCGUAUCAAUAUUUAUAGAUUAAAUGAGCAGAAAUGAUUUCAAACGAUGAAAAGGCUUACCUACAGACCAAACAAGUUAAAUCUUUUCAACUUAUGCUUUAACGAUGUUUACAUUCAACUAUGCAGUAAAACAGUUUGAAAAUUUUUGCUUUACGAUUUAAAAAGUUGAAGUCCAUUUCAAAGCGUCUUUUUUGCAAGUGUGACAAUUAUAUUCGUAUCUAUGGAUGUAACUAUGACACGUUGUUUUCUAGCAAAAAAAUAAAGUAGAAAAUGGAGCUUAUUAAGUGUCGCGUCGCUUUUAAUUUAAAAGCUGCAUUAUUAAUUUUAUGCUAUUACGUUUUCUAGACGCAGAAAUAAACGCAGUGAAGCAUUAAAUAUUCGUUUCCAUGAGACUGAGUUCGCUGCACGUGUGAUUCAUGAUCGUGUUCUAUUCUAAAUUUAUUCCGGUAUUAGCUUGUAUGAUUACGUAUCAAGAACCACGUAUUUCUUACGAAAUCAACACCGUGUAACGAUUCUCGACGCGAUUCCUGUAAUUAGUCCCUACAUGUUGUGUAGGUGUUCGGGAUAAACUGAGUAUUUAUGUUUCGAUUCUUACUUCAGACUCUGCGUCGUCAGAAAUUAUGCCGAUUAUUGUUUUGGUCACUUGGAAUUCAAUAUAUUUAUCCUUUAAAACGAAACCUGUUAGAAUAAGUUAGGUAGCUAAGUAAAUGUGUUUUAUCCAAAAAAGCUUGUUAAAAUUUGAUAUUUGCUUACCUUACACAUCAAGCAUCACUGCAGUGUAAAUAUAAAAUCCAAUUUUUAAGCUGCAAUCUAUGUCUAACCCUCCGGGAAAAACACAAAAAUAUAGCGAAACUAAUAAAACUUGUUACAUCUGAACAAACAUACAUAUUUAUUGCUUUAAAAAAAUUGUAUAUUCAUUUUAAUUGCCGAUGAUUAUAUGAGCAGCAUAAACAUUGCAUUAAAGUAGAUGAUUCUUUGCUUUUUCGCGAGUGUCCAUGACAGCGAAACUUUUCUGUUUUCAUGGCAAAUAGGUAACAUCAUCUACCUGCCAGUGAUGGCAAUAUAUGACAGGUAGUUUUAGAGAAAGGCUGUUGAAGUGUCUUGGAUGGAUGGCUGGAUUCUUAAUAACAAUUUAACACGACAUUGACUGUCAUAUAAAAGGGUUAAUUUAAAAUUGACAUGAAAACCUGGAAAAUUACUUUCCACCUCGUUGAAUAGCUUUCGUCGUUUCUAAUCCACCACUGGGCAUAGAAUUCCGUUUUUACAAAUCAUGAUUGGAACUAUUUUUUAAAUCACUAAACUAUUAAUGAAAAUUUUCAAACGAUUCAUGAGUUUCAAUAAAAAGCAGUUCCAACUAUAAAUUGAAUAGACGGCUUUUAAUAAAUUAUUAAAUUUGUAAUCGAUUUAGACUUUUCAAAUGCACUCGUUGUAGGUAGAGCGUUUAUGGGUGUAAUUGGGGCUGUCAAUGAUAAUAUUAAUACUCAUUUAUGACGAUGUUACACGAAAAUCAGGAUCAAAUCAUCAGGAUUCAAGAUAUUCUCUUGCCUAAGUCUUAGAAUAUCAAUUUAUGGAAAGCCUAAAGUCUUGUCUGUCUUAAAAAAAGAAAACUAAAUAACUAAUGCAAAUUUCGUUGUAAAUGUAGGUUAAAGUUACAUUAAACCUCAAAAUGUAGAGUCACCGCAAAUAAAGAAAUGACUUCUCGAUGUGAUGGUCAAAACGUCGUAUACGAACUUUGACAACUUUCUCAUUGGAAAUCAUAAUUAGAGGGAGGUAUCAAACGCAAAAAUCAAACUGUUUGCUUUUUAUCUGGACUGUCAGAAUCGAGGAUGCCACAGUUCAUCAAAUUUUGUGUGUAUGUGGACCCAAAAUAAGUAUACUUUCAAAUUCGUCAAACGGGUUAAAAAUACAGGCACAUUCGUACUCAUGUCAACUAGACUGAAGAUUUCGCUAUUAAAUUCCGAUAAUUAACACUCCUACGUCAUGUAAUAAACUUUAUUCAGCUGCCUGUAAUUUUUUUUUUGAUUGAAAUAAUAGAGCGUAUUGCUUAUUAACUGAAAAUGUGCAGUGAUUGUAUUACACCAAGAAUUUUUGUGAACAAAAGCCAAAAGGAUAAUUUUCAACAUGUAUGUAUACGUAAUUAUUUAUCUUUCGUAUAUCAGUAACGUUAUUGCUUAAAAUAGUUUUAUAUAAUUAUUGAGUAUUUUUAGUUAGUAGAAAUAAGAUGUUUUCGAGCAAAUUGCUAAUUCGGAUUUGCCACAUUCGAUUUCUUCCAGUUGCCUGCUGGGUUCAAGUUUUUCUUUGACCCUCAGCGCAUGUUCUUAUUUAUUUAUCAUUAAUUACAAUGGUAAUAAGGCAUCAGAGUAAGAUUAUCUCACAUAUUUUUUGUGAGCUGUGUGAAUCCUUGUUUACCUCUGAUAUUCCUCGUAAUACACAGCUUUAUAAAUACAUUAAACUCAGGAUUGAUCACUUAUACCUAUGAUCGUUACCUUAUAUAAGGAUCCUAAUUAAAUUGCUACAUUGGUUUUGUUAAAAAACGGCAACAAUCACCGAUAAUCAAAUAUUGAUUGUUGGGUUUCAGGAAAAAAUGAUCGAAAUAUUUUUUUUACUAAAUUGAAUUUUAAAACUGGUGUUAUUAGUCUACUGCAGACAUGAGUGUGGGAAAAUUUCGAUGAAAGGUAAGUCAUUACUUUUUUAAUAAUUGCUGUAUAAAUAUGAAAAUUUGUUGAUUUUUUUUUCAUUCAUUAUAGCAAGGUUGCUUCUUAUAGACCAAGAGGCAAAAAAAAACUUGUCUAUGAAUAUAAGCUAUAAUUUUUCUACGAACUGACAGUAACAGUAGCAAAAACUUAAACAUAGUCGACGUGCUUCGAACAAUCAUAUAAGGACCAAAAGUUUUGGCUCCUAAUCAAAAGACUGAACGGCUAAGACUAAUGCCCACCACGUCUGUUUGACCUAUAAGAGUGCAGUAUCAAGGUUACAUUUUAACGUCGUCUAACUUGCGCCCUGGAUUUCCAACAGGUGACUUUGACCCGCAUUCUCGCUACGUGAAUGAAUGCAGGAAGCUACGUUGGACCAUUCACUUUCUCUCAUUUCUGCCUCUCUUUCCGAUCAUGAUAAGUUUUCUAUUAAUAAUUGGGUCAUAAUUAUCUUAAUUGAGUGAUGAAGCACCAGAUUUGGUAGAUAAAAGUUUGACCAUGAAAAUAAGAUUUCCACAUCUUAUUGUUGAGAGUCUCUUGUAUGAAUAUAAAAUACUAAAGUUUGAAAUAACUAUGCGUAUUGGUUUAUAUGUUGCAAGAGAAGCUACAGGUAAACGUGUUUUAUCCAAAACAAGCUUUAGGCAUGCGCAGUGCAGCCUUCCUACGCUUUGUUUCCCGGUUCUAUAUGACCUUGAAAAAUUUGUUCGAAAAAUCAAAACUAUUCAGUCUAUAUCAAAAUUUAUGAUGGAUUUGGACAGAGAAUAUUUCAAAAGUACGAUCAGCAUAUUUUUUUUCGCCAAAAUCGCUUUACUUUUGGAGAUAUUGCAGAAAAACGAUUCUUAGGAAAUUCACAUUUGAGAGUCGUAAUUAACAUUUUAAAACAUUGAAAUUUAAUAUUUGGCUUUUUGAGAAUGUCAAAAAUGGUUACCACCCCAAUUGUAAUAUAGCUAGUUGCCGCAGCAGGGGUCCCGCUCGCCCACCGUAUUCCUAAAAUCAGAUAGCAUUGGUCGCUCCCGCUGGCUCGCGUCUGCCUGUGUACAAACGUGAAGGAGUCUUCGAUGCACCCGCACGUCACUUAGUAAAGAACCGCGUGUGCUCGCGCUUUCAAAGUUAUUUUCAGUUUGGUCAAACUUGAUAAAAUUGAAUUGGAAUUGAAACGGAAUCGAAAAGGAAUUGAAUCGGAAUGUGAACAAUAGAUGAUGGAUAAUAAUAACCGUGAGGAGAGCUCUGCAGUUAAACAGCAUGAUUCAAAUUACUGUGUGCUUAGCUGUUUUUUUACGACUGCGCCGGACUGCAAGAGGCUCAGGACCUGGGUUUAUCGCGUAAGGAGAAAAUUCUCAAGACGCAGACGCCCAAGGUUUGGAGGAGGAUCCCGACAAAAAUUCGAAUGGGUUGAAUACGUAAACCAGCAGGAGCCGGAGCGGGUGCGGCGCGGCUUCCAGUACAGGAGCUUCUCGGCGCGCUACUGCUGGCGCCUGCAGCCCGUCGAGAGCCGCAGGCCCAGAGCCGCCAGCGCCGAGCCCCAGGCUGGGCCUAGCAGGGAGCCGCGCCCCGGGCCCAGCUCCGAGCUGCCGGCUGGGCCCAGCGCCAGCCAGCCCGACAUGGACGACGGAGAAACAGACUCCGAUUCCGAAAUAGUGACACUCUACGAUAUACCCAAUUCGAAGGGCUACGUAGACGAGUGAAUUUCAAACAUUGUUUAACAACGAAAUCGUCUAAGUGUUGUGUAUUUAAGAUCUAUCUGUUUAUCAUGUUCUACUAGAAGAAGCAACUAUCUUCAUUUCCCUUUAAUUUCAAGUGUACAAAUGUGGUGGUGUUAGAAGGAGAACAGGGUAAACUCCAAGGUGAUGUUGUAAUGACUCUCUGAAAUAUAUUUUUAUCGCUGUCUGUUUAAUAACAUAUGAGAAAAAGUGUAUUUAUGUAGUAUAUUUUCAUAUUCAUGUUAAAAUAACAUUAUAUAAGACAGUUCAAAAAGUAAUUGAUAUAUAUUUCUAAAGAAACUAUUUUUCCACUUGUAUAACUACAGUUAACUCGAUAUAGCCAUAUUUUAUUUAAUUAUUGUGCAAUAUAAUUAAAUUGUAUUGUAUAAUUAUUUUGUUUACGUGUAACUAAAGCGUAUUUACAUCUGUACUUCGAAUUAAAAUAUAUAUCAUAGUAGCUCGUUAAAUAAAAUUUGUGGUUGAACGUCUCUGAUGACGAACGUAGUGUUUCAUGUAUUAAUAAAGAUCAAAGUUAAAAAAUAUUCUAUUUUAAAAUAAAUUAAAUGUUUUAGAAUCAUGCCUAGUAGAGGCGAUAUGGAAUAUGUAUGAAAACAUAACGAAAUAACUUUGUGCUAUCAACACGAAUUCCCACUUUUCUUAUAUGUAUAUCUAUAUCUUUCGUAGCUCAAAUUUCAACUUUAGGUUCGGAAGUGGGAUGAGUAGAAACAAACGAAAUAUGAUAAAAAUAAAUCUAUUCUUAUAGAUACUUAUGAAUCCUUCUCUUGUUUAUCCUUUCAAACCUCUAAAUAUUACUAAUAACAUAUGAGAAAAUCUAUAUGUAUCGUUAAAGAAUAAAGUCUAUUUAACUUAUGCCAUUGUUUUAUUCCGAGUAUCCUAACAUCCUCACACACUCCCGGUGGGUGUAAUGCUGAGCGCUACUUAUCUAUAAGUAGUAUAAACGUCUCAUAGCUAAGCUAAUUUAUUUUUCCGUUAAAUAUUUCCAACCUCUAUUUUUAAGAUCGGUUUUCUUCGUUAUUUCGUUAGAAAAUAAAAGAAAUUUCUUCACAAGA